AUGGCUGAUUCCAAUCAAUCAGAGCAAGUUUUGGAUGAAUUGUUUGAGAAGCUUUCCUUGGCUUCUCCAGAUGAAUUGCACGAUGUUGCUGCCAACGUUUCUUCAUUUUUGAAUGGACCUAUUGUUGAGCACGAUGUUCCUUUUGAAUUCUUCCAAAAGUUACAGAAGGCUAUCGACAACAAGAAGACUUCAGCGAAUGCUCUUAGCGCAGUUGCUCAUAUUGCUAAUGAGAAGGAUCUUUCCCCUUCCGUUGAGCCAUACGUUGCCAAUGUUGUUUCCAGUGUUUGCAAAAAGUGCGGUGACAAGAAUGAACUUUUGAGAGAACGGGCCGAGAAGGCUCUUUUGGCUAUUGCUAACGCCAUUACUCCCUUCUCACUCAAAUUUAUCUUGCCAAAGAUCACCGAGUCUCUGUCAUCUACGGGUAGAUGGCAGGAGAAGAUUGCCGACCUUAAGGCCAUUUCCGUCUUCGUCGACACUGCUAAGAAUCAACUUGCCCUUAGAAUGCCUGAGUUGAUUCCAGUUCUUUCCGAGGCUAUGUGGGACACUAAGCCUGAGGUUGAGAAGGCUGCCACCGAAACUAUUUCUAAGUGUACUGCUACCAUCGACAACAAGGAUAUUGAGCCUUUCAUUCCUAAGUUGAUUGAUUCUAUCAGAAACCCUGAUGAUGUUCCAGAGACUGUUCACGCUUUGGGUGCAACUACUUUCGUUUCUGAUGUUACUACUGCUGCUUUGUCUAUCAUGGUUCCAUUGCUUUCGAGAGGUUUGGCUGAAAGAGAGACAUCUAUCAAGAGAAAGUCUGCUGUUAUUAUUGACAACAUGUGUAAGUUGGUUGAAGAUCCACAGAUUAUUGCCCCAUUCUUGCCAAAAUUGUUCCCAGCAUUGAAAGCUAAUAUGGAUACCAUCGCUGAUCCAGAGGCCAGAUCCAUUACCAACCGUGCUAUUAACACUUUGAGACGUGUCGGUGCUAUUCCAUCGGAUGAUUCGAUUCCAAAGGUUUCUAAUGCAGGUGAUAUUAGCGUGAACUUGAAGAUUUUAAAGAAGAUUGUCGGAAAACAGCCUGCAAGGUUUGCCAUUGUCGAAGAUUACGUUGCUGCCAUUGCAGGUGACUUGAUCGACGAGAGAAAGACAAACUUUGAUACAUGGAAUGGCCUUUUGAGUCCAUUCUUGACUAUCUUCCUUCACGAGAAGACUGCUCACGAGACUAUCGAAACUUUCCGUAGUACUUCCGUUGAAAACAUUCCAAAACCUCCUGUCUUUGAGGAAGAGGAGGACGACGGUGAAGAUCUCUGUAACUGUGAGUUCUCUUUGGCUUAUGGUGCUAAGAUUCUUUUGAACAAGUCUCAGCUUCGUUUGAAAAGAGGUAGAAGAUACGGUCUUUGUGGUCCUAACGGUGCUGGUAAGUCUACUCUACUGAAGGCCAUGGCUAAUGGUCAGGUUGAGGGUUUCCCAUCCCAGGAUGUUCUCAGAACUGUCUACGUUGAGCACGAUAUUGAUGGUACUCAUGAUGAGACAAGUACUACCAACUAUAUCUUUGAGUACGAGAGAGUGAAAUACAACAAAGAACAGAUCAGAUCUAAGCUUAGAGAGUUCGGCUUCUCUGAGGAGAUGUUGGACAUGCCUAUUGUCGAGUUGUCUGGUGGUUGGAAGAUGAAGUUGGCUCUUGCAAGAGCUGUCUUGGAAGAUGCUGAUAUUCUGUUGUUGGAUGAGCCAACUAACCAUUUGGACCACGUUAACGUCGACUGGUUGAUCAACUACUUGCUUCACUGUGGUAUUACGACUGUUGUCGUUUCCCACGAUUCCGGAUUUUUGGACAAGACUGUUCAGUACAUUAUCCAUUACGAGGGAUUGAAGCUUAGAAAGUACAAGGGUAACAUGUCUGAGUUUGUCAAGAAGGUUCCAUCCGCUAGAUCUUACCAGGAUUUGAGUGCUACUGACUUGGAAUUCCGCUUCCCUAAGCCAGGUUACUUGGAAGGUGUUAAAACCAAGCAAAAGGCUAUUGUCAAGGUGCAUGACAUGACUUUCCAGUACCCAGGUACUUCUAAGCCUCAACUGCAGCAUGUCACUUUCCAGUGUUCGUUGUCUUCUAGAAUUGCCAUUAUUGGUCCUAACGGUGCUGGUAAGACCACUUUGGUUAAUGUUUUAACAGGUGAGCUUCUUCCAACAUCUGGUGAUGUUUACAUUCACGAAAACUGUCGUAUUGCUUACAUCAAGCAGCAUGCUUUCUCUCAUAUCGAGAGUCGUUUGGACAUGACUCCAUCUGAGUACAUUCAAUGGAGAUACCAAACAGGUGAAGAUCGUGAGACUAUGGACCGUGCUAACAGGAAGAUUAACGAAGAGGACAAGCAGGGUAUGAACAAGAUUUUCCACAUUGAAGGUACUUCAAGGAGAAUUGCCGGUAUCCACUCUAGAAGAAAGUUCAAGAACACGUAUGAGUACGAGUGUUCGUUCUUGCUUGGUGAGAACGUUGGUAUGAAGAGUGAGAGAUGGACUCCAAUGUCUUCGGUCGACAACGCAUGGAUUCCAAGAGGUGAAUUGGUUGAGAGUCACUCCAAGAUGGUUGCUGAAGUUGAUAUGAAGGAAGCUCUUGCCAACGGUCAGUAUAGAGCUUUGACCAGAAAGGAGAUCGAGGCGCACUGUGCUUUGCUCGGUUUGGACCCAGAAUUGGUUUCCCAUACAAGAAUCAGAUCUUUGUCCGGUGGUCAGAAGGUUAAGUUAGUUUUGGCUGCUUGUACUUGGUUGAGACCUCACUUGAUCGUUUUGGAUGAGCCAACCAACUAUUUGGACAGAGACUCGUUGGGUGCUUUGUCCAAGGCUUUGAAGAGUUUUGAGGGUGGUAUUAUCAUCAUUACUCACUCUUCUGAGUUCACCAAGGGUUUGACCAAGGAAGUUUGGACUGUUCAGAAUGGUACUAUGACUCCUUCUGGUAAUGACUGGGUCCAGGGACAGGGUUCCGGACCAAGAAUUGAAAAGAAGACUGAUGAGGGUCCUAAAUUCGAUGCUAUGGGUAACAAGAUCGCUACCCAGCAUAAGAAGAAGAAGUUAUCUUCCGCUGAGAGAAGAAGAAAGAGAAAGGAGAGAAUGAAGAAGAAGAAGCUGAUGGGUGAUGACUACGUCUCGGAUGAGGAUGAUGACUUGUAA